CUUAUAAGAGUGAGUCACCGUUUAUUUGCGACUAGAGACGGUACAUAUAAGUAACUUAGAGUUUGGCAUUUGUCUACAUGCAUCGAAAUAAAACGAGAAGCUAGGAAAAUUGACGAUAUUUUUUAUGUAUAAUUGAAGUCUUUUAAUAUUAAUAAAAAGAUGACGUCAGCAGUUCUACCAGUAACUUUAACAGGAUCUAAUUUAAGGAGCCGACAUCGUGAAUUUAAUUUGAUUGUUAAUAACAUCUGCACAAGUAUCAAUUGCGAAGAUGUAGAAUCAAUGCCAGAAAUAUCUUCGAUUGAUCGCUUGUUGAAAAUCGAUAUCGCCUCCAAACAAAGACAUGUUGAAUACAUUUUACGAAAUCUUAAAGAUGAUAAUAUGCUCUUCGUGAGUAGAGCGUUAAAAUGCUUCUGGCUUUUAGGACCCCAAUAUCAAAAUAUAAUGAACCCCGAGUACUUAGAAAGUUCUUUGUACCCGGAUAUGGCUCAGCCAGCCGUGAAUAAAAUGAAGCAUUGGCUGCAGACACAUCUAAAAGAUCCUCAAAGAUGCGAACUAUUUUAUAUAUAUUAUAAAUCUGAUUUCGAUGCAGCUUUUAAAUUUUUCUGGCAUUGUUCCAAUCAAUUUAUUUUAAGCGAGCUUUCUAACGUUAUACACAAAUUAUCCUACGCGCAAUUAAAUUUACUCGUAGAAAAUUGUCCCCAAGUUGGCAAGAUGUAUUUUGAAAUCCUGCCUUCUAAUUCAACAGCAUUAAAACGUUAUGUAGAAAACGAACACAAUUACUUUAGUUGCAUUAAAUAUAUAUUUAAAUGGGACGGUGAAGUGUUCUUGGAUAUUGUUGAAAACUACUUUAAUACAAGUGAUUUUAAACCUUUCGGACCGUCAUUAACAAAUCGCAUCAUGAAAAAAUAUAAGGAUAGGAUUUUUGAUAAAUGCGAGUUAUAUGUUUCGUCAGUACUUCAUGUAAACUCUUUGGCACAACAUUUUACCGCUGAAGAUGCGAAAAAAGUUGUUCUGCGUCUCGCCCAAGCUGAAUAUUUAGAUUAUUGGUUUAAUUAUCAAAAAGUGGAACCAUUGAUAAAACGACUAAAGAAAGAAGACAGGUCCGAAUUCAAAAAACAUGUAUUUGUCGGUAAAUCGUUCCCAAAAGUGGAAAAAUGGCCGUAUCCGAUACCGGCCCCACCAAAAUUAAACGACGAACAUAACUUGGAAAUUUUUAAAGAUAUUUCUGAUGAACCAUACAUGUUCGAAUUAAGAGAAAACUGUGAUUUAGGAUUCAGACGGUUUAUAAAAAAGAAAUCUUGUAGAUAUAGUCUCGCCUGUAUGGAGAGCUGUAUGGAUAGCUGUAUGCCGGUCAAGACUCAGCUGGAUCGAUUGUUUAACCGCUACCGCUUAGACGGUUUUGAAAAAACAUUUUACGAGCUGAGUAAGAACUUGAAAGCCGAAAGUUCAGGCGAAAGAAGGCUCGAUAUGAUGUUGGUCCUUGUUAGUAAGAGCGGUGGGGUUCCUGAUCAGGUUGGCAAGCUGAUGAAGCUUUUAGUAGAAAAAUACAAAAACGAACCGACUACCCUUCGAGCUGCUGUUAUCAGAUCCCUUACGAAACGUUGUUGCGCUUGGCGCUUGCCGGAAGAUAUUUGGACUUUAAUUUUAGAGUUCGGUCGAGAUGUAGGCCUCGAUGGAGCCGACUCGAGUCCUUUGUGUCGCGAAGGUCUUCAUGCCGUUAUUAUAAGGCAUCUCCUAGCCGAUACUCCGAUAUCAUCGACAUUAGUUUCUGGUUUUAUGCGUGAAUUUUCAAAACUCUCUGAAUAUAAAUUAGAUACAGAAGAGAGAAAGGUUAUCGCCCACCGAUUACCGUCUUUAGUUUUGCCUUUAAAUCAAAGUGCCUUUUUGGACUGUCUAUCCGAGUACAAUAUCGACAUAAAGCAAUUUCCAGAAGCAAAGAAAGUCAUUCUGGAUGCUGCAAAGGAAGAUACUAAUUUGCUACUGCGAUUGUACAACAGUAAAAUAUUUCGCCGUGAAUUGUUCCGUGAGGUAUUCUGUCUGAGGCAAUCCGAAGAAGAUUAUCUAAAUGUGUUGCGACAUGAUGUAACGCCUCUUGAGGACGGCGUCAAGUUCGCUACAUUAGUCACUAAAGAACGUCCAAAACACGAUCGCUUUCUCCGAUUGCUUAACGUAUACUUCGGUGAAGCGGACGGGUUAGCGGAGAAGCACAGAAAAGCUUUAGAAGAAGCAUUUUCUCAACAACCGCAUCCUCGGUUCGCGAGACCAUUAUGUACUGUAAUGAGUGGUCAAGCAUUGAUUUCAUAUUUGUGUACUUUAGACACAAUAGAACGUCCUCUAGGUUUGGAACAGUUUCAAUCCUUACAUGAGUUUCGAGCUAACGCUCAUAAAACUAAAGACUCGCUAGAUAUCAAAUCAAUUGACUGGAAAUGGAUCGGUGCGAAGGCGGUCUAUAACAAAGUAUCGAUAUGUAGAUCUAAAGAAAAAGACCAGUAUAUAGAAAAAUUGUUGAGGUGGAAGCGUACUGCUAGAAUAGCACUAAGGCUUUCUAUGAAUACACCUUCUCAUAUCAAUAUACUUAAAGCAGUUUGUAAACUGAGACCCUCAGUAGUGUUGAAGGUGGCUCUGUCGACUUAUUUAAAACAGAAUGUCGUUAAUAUAGCGGUAUGGGAUGUUGUUAAAUCAGUUAUCUUUAAAUUAGAUCUUAACAAAAAUAAAAGACUGCUAACAAAAAUGGUAGAACUUGGAAGUUUACCGGAAAAUGUAGAAGCGGACUACUGGACGUGUGUGUACAGAGUUCUUGACCGAACGCAAAAAAAGAAAGCCAUGCCUAUUUUAUGCCGCUUAAAUAAUAUGUUUCACAAAGUGGAUUCCAGUUUCUUCUAUAAAAUUAUUAAGGAAUACAUUGAAAAGGAUUUCAAUAUAUUUGAAGAAGAGGAACAUAACGAGACAGUAAAGAAAUUAUACAUUAAAAUUAUUGCAAAAUACUUAGUACUCCAUCCCGAAGAAAGCUCCAAGGAAAAUAUUUGUGAAAGCUUCUUUAAUAUUUUAAAUAAAGUGGAAGACAAAGAUAAAGUUCUCGACCACGUUAAUAUUUUCAUAUUUGAUUUGAAGUAUUCCAAAGCUUUCAUGGAAAAAGAAUAUUCGACAUCAAUGAAGGUCUUUGAAGAGAUCCUUCGAAGGCUGCACGCCAUCUUCCCUACGGAUCAAUAUUUCAGUAUUUACGCCGAUUUACAUUUAACAAUGCUGUAUUUCAAAGCAAUCAACCAAACUAUGAAAAAUGAUAAGGAGGUUUUUAAUGAUGCCAACAAAGCUAUAGAAGUCGUGGGACAUUUGUUUGGAAAAUACGUCGGGUGUGAGAUCAAGGAACUGGUCUCUCGAUACUUUUGGAGUGUCAUAGAUUUAUAUAGUCAAAGGUUAGUGGAGUAUCUCCGGUCCUACUUCGAGUACAACGAGGGAAGGUCGCGUUUAGUUACUUUCGUGAUCAAAGGCAUCCUGGACGUCGGCACUGUGGAAUCCUUAAUACUAGCAGAACAAAUCACUCGGAGGGAAAUAAAUUAUAACAUUCAAGAACCACAUCGGGCGGACAUCUUGGACGUCCUGAAGCAGUCUGAUAACCCGGAAAUCAAAUUCUUCCUGUAUGCAGAUAUUUUAUGUUGAUCGUCGUGCAAUCUCUGGAUCGAGACUAUAUAACAACUUGCUUCUAGGAUUAUUAUCUGUUUUACUAACAAAUAUAGUAAAAAUGUUCUUGGAGUA